AUGGCGGAAGCUAGCAACCCUAGCAACAGAGACGACUUAGAUGAAAGAAUAAGGAGGUGUAUAAGGGAAGAGCUAACAAUUAAUACUGGUCAACAAAGAAAUUCAAAUCAGGCACUUGUAGCAAGAACGCGUGAUUUAAUUAGAUCUUCGGCAACAUUUGCAUCAAGACAACUUGCUGCAGUGCCUGAAGUUUUAUCCUCAUCGACGCCAUCUGCUUCUCCAGCUGGAAGAAGUAGUCAUCCAUCGCACCCUCUGCGUCUUCCAAAACGAAAGCAAAAUGCCCUCACCAAGAAUAACAUUAAAAAGAAGAAACAAGCAAUUCCAAAAACUGUGUUUUUGCUGGAUAAAAUAUAUGGUGGAGAUGAAGAUGAUGUAGACAUGGCGGAUCACGAAUAUGCCAUUAAAGAAGACAUGAUUUUGCUGAAGGGAGAGUUUGAUUUAGAGUGUGAUGCUGAUGAGGCAAGUAUUCGAUCGGAAUUAAAAAAGGUGUUCAUGAAGAAAUUUCCAUUGAUAUGUAAAGAUAACUUUGAUUUUGUAAAAAGAGAUCGGAACACCAUUUGCACUCCAGUUGUAAAAGAAGGCCACGUUUGGGAUUAUGCUCAUGUGAAACAUUUGUGUGGGGCUGGUAAGCUCUAUGUUCGUUUAAACAUUAGUAAAGAUGACAUAAUGGAUGAUAUUGGAAGUGACUUUGAAGUAGAGCCACUAUUGAUUGACUUAAGUACGCCCAGCACAAUAAUACCAGGCCAAACCCCGUUAAGCUCAUCACUAAGACCGCAAGUAACCCCACCCAAUACAAACCUAGGAGAUAGGGAGAGAGACACAAGUAGUGCCAAGCCUAGCACUUCCUCUGUUGAACAAUCCAUCGAUUUAAGAAUUGCUACCCUUGGUACAUUGUUUCCCACUGCAAAACAGAGUGAUGUAAUUGAUGCAGUAAUGAACUAUGAUAGUCUAGAUUCAGCUGCUGAGCACCUAAGUGUACUGACAAGUGAGGACAUGGGUGCCUGUAAUGUAAAUUUAACAGGUGCUGACACACUUAAGACACUUGCCCUAAAAAUGAAUCCCUAUUCUACAGCUGAAAAGGUAAAAGUUGAUAGAGAAGAUCUGGUUAUGGAUGUAUUUCACCAUUAUAAGGAUCCUAACUUUAAUCCCUCUGUUCCAAUAAAAUUCCAAAUUAGAGGAGAGCCAGCAGUGGAUGCUGGGGGUGUGUUACGCCAAAUUUAUGAGAGCGUGUUCCUUAAGAUUGUGAAAGGUGAGGGCUGUAAUGGUGUUCAAAUGUUUCAAGGACCUUUCGAAAGAGUUCUACCAACCUACAGAAGUUCAACAAUUCUUUCUGGAACAUUUGAAAUACUGGGUAAGGUUAUUGCUCAUAGUUUAGUGCAAGGAGGUCCUGGAUUUCCAUAUCUCUGCCCAACAUUGUACUUGUCGACUAUGUCAAGAAGGAAGCAUAAAUAUCAUUAUAUGUAUGUUACCCAGAUAAGAGAUGCUACUCCCUCUACACUGAACAGUAUUAUGGGUGAAGAUGAUUUUUUGUGCUUAUUGGAAAAUGCUGGUGAAACAAGAAUGCUUCAGGAACAAAACAAAUUACAGAUUGUGCAGUCACUCCUAAUACACGAAGUGAUCUUGAAACAUAAAAUAGCCCUUGACCAAAUGAGAAAGGGUUUGUCCAUCUUAGGAUUAUUGGCAGAAAUUGAAAAGUCACCUGAGAAGUUUCAAUCAUUUUUUGUUCAUGAAGAUGGUGAUAUUGAUGGAGAUUUCAUUACAUCACUUCUUAGGUUGCCUGAUGCAAGUUCCCCAUCUGUUCAAAAUGUUGUUCAGUUGUUGUUGUUGUUUAUUAAGAAUGCAAAGGAAGGGGUUUUGCGCCAGUUGUUGUGCUUUGUCACUGGCUGCAAGUCAACCACAGCAGCUCUUAAGCCAGGUUGUGUUAGUGUCUGUGUUGAAGAUAUUCCUGACAUAUUUGCAUCUACGUGUGUAUUGGAGUUAAAACUGCCAUUACACUUUAGCAGCAGUACCUUUGAACAAUUUGAGGCUUGUGUCAAUGCUGUUAUAGAUAGUGACACAUUUACUACAGUUUAA